AUGCCCGGCAGACAAUCCCACGGGCGGCCUCUGCUGUCCUCAAAGUCGGCACCAAAGAACUUCCGCAAGUCGAAAGCAAAGGCCCAGGCCAAGGCGCUCGACGCCUUCACCAUUGCCUCGGAGCAGUACCCGACCAAGGAGAAGCGCACGCCGCGGUUUCGCGAAAUCGAAGCCGCGCCCGACACCGGAAAGAAGCACAGCCGCGCGGACGACGACGAGGAUGAGGACGAAGACGACGACGACGACGAAGAGCAGCCCAGGCGGAAGAAGGCGAAGCCCUCUGCUGGCGGCGCCGGCGGCAACGACUCGGAUGAGUACGGCAGCGACAGUGAGGGGAACGAGUGGCAUUACGGCGUUAAUGAUGACGAGGACUCGGAGCUCGACAGUGACGAGGCGUUUGGCGAGAGCGACCAGGAGGAUUUCCAGGGCUACUCCUUCAGAGGCAGCAAGUCUGCCAAGGGAAACCAGGACGACUCGGAAGAAGAGGAAGACGACGACGAGUCGCUCGGCGAGGAUGCGAUAGACCUGGCGCAAGCCCUGGACGAGUACGAGUCCGACGAGUCCAUGGCCGACCAAGACGAGGAGGACUCGGAGGGAUCCGACGACUCGGAGUCCGAAGCCGAAAGCCCGCCGUCCUCGGACGAGGACGACGACGAAGAGCAGGAAGCCGACCCCUCGAAGCUGGGCGAGCUGCAAAAAUUCAUCGCCGGCUUCGGCGGCGAGGACGACAAGGACGCGGCGCCCACGAAGCAGAAGCAAAAGAUCAACCUAAAGGACCUCGGCCUCGCGGGCGUCAAGGACGCGCAGAUGCGCAAGUCGGUCAAGCUCAUGGCUAAGGAGGAGAAGGAGACGUCGCGGCCCGGCGCGGGCAAGAAGCUCGAGGUGCCGCUGUCGCGCCGGCAGCAGGACAAGCUGCAGCGCGCGGCGGCGUACGAGAAGGCCAACGAGACGCUCACCCGUUGGCAGGAGACGGUCAAGCUCAACCGCCGCGCCGAGCACCUCGUAUUCCCGCUGCCGCAGAACGCCGCCGACGCGGGGCUCGACAACCGCGAGCUGCAGGCCAUCACAGCCAAGAACACAGCGUCGGAGCUCGAGCAGACGAUCCUCGGCAUCAUGGAGCAGUCCGGGCUCGCGAUGAACAAGCAGGAGGAGAAUAAGAUGAAGAAGGCCGAGGCCGAGGAGGGGCUCUCCCAGGAGGCGCUCAAGGACCUCGUCAACCAGCGCCGGCGCGAGCGGGAGCUCAACUCGCGCGAGGCCAAGCGCGCGAAGCGCAUCAAGAAGAUCAAGUCCAAGGCGUAUCACCGCGUGCACCGCAAGGAGAAGGAGCGCGAGGAGAUGAAGCUCCACGAGGCCAUGGCGGAGAACGGCGAGAUCGACUCCGAGGCGGAGCGCGACGCGCAAGACCGCGCGCGGGCCCUCGAGCGCGUCGGCGCCCGGCACAGGGACUCCAAGUGGGCCAAGCUCGGCGCCGGCAACAAGCGCGCCGUAUGGGACGACGACUACCGCGCCGGCCUGCACGACAUGGCGCGCCGCGAGGAGGAGCUCCGCAAGCGCAAGGAGGGCCGCGCGGGCGGCGACGAGGACUCGGACCGGUCCGCCGACGACGGCAGCGACAGCGACGGGUCGGACGAGGAGGGCGGCGAGCAGCACAGGCUGCUGAAGCAGCUCGACCGCCUCGAGCAGGAGGAGGACGACGGCCCCGCGUCGAAGCUGAUGCAGAUGAAGUUUAUGCAAAAGGCCGAGGCGGCGCAGAAGAAGGCCAACGACGAGCUCAUCGCGCAGAUCCGCCGGGACCUCGACUCGGACGCCGGCGAGGGCGACUCGGACGCCGAAGUCACCGAGACGGGCGGCAAGAGCAGCGGCGCGCGCGUCGAGGACCUGGACAACACCGUCGCCAUGACGGCUGCCCCCGGCAAGCCCAAGUCCAAGUCCAAGCCCAAGUCCUCCGCCGCCGCCGCGGCAAGGAGAACGGGCGGCGCGACCCUCGCCGACGAGGAGUCGGACGGCGACUCCGACUCCCCGGACGUCCACCUGCCCCUCGCGAUCCGCGACAUCGCGGCCAUGGACAAGGCGUUUGCGGGCGACGACGUCGUCGUCGACUUUGCGCGCGAAAAGGCCGAUGUCGAGGCCGAGGACGACGACAAGAUUGUCGACAACACCCUGCCCGGCUGGGGCGGCUGGGUCGGCGACGGCGUCAGCAACCGUGAGAAGAAGCGCCAGCAGGGCCGGUUCGUGACAAAGGUUGAGGGCGUCAAGAAGGCGGACCGCAAGGACGCCAAGCUGGACAAGGUCAUCAUCAGCGAGAAGCGCGUCAAGAAGAACGACAAGUACCUCGCCUCUCAGCUCCCCCACCCCUUCGAGUCCAAGGCCCAGUACGAGCGCUCGCUGCGCCUGCCCCUGGGCCCGGAAUGGGUCACCAAGGAGUCUCAUCAGGAGGCGACGAAGCCGCGCAUCCUUAAGAAGCAGGGCAUUAUUGCGCCCAUGUCAAGGCCGACCAUGUAA